GAGAGAGGCCGGGCGGGACAUCCGGCCCUGGUCCCUGGCUGCACCCCGGGAGCCUGCUACCCACUAUCCCUCUCCUCCCGAGACCGCCAGCCCCAGCCGCAGUUGCCUCUUCUGCAGCCUCAAGGUCGGUGAGGUCUGGCCGCAGCACCAUGUUUCCCCGCCCUCUGACCCCACUGGCUGCCCCGAAAAGCGCCGAGACCCUGGGCCGCACGCCGAGGCGGCCCCCCUUGGGCAGGGCCCGGGCUGGGCUUGGGGGACCGCCUCUGCUGCUGCCGUCCAUGCUGAUGUUCGCAGUAAUCGUGGCCUCCAGCGGACUGCUGCUCAUGAUCGAGCGGGGCAUCCUAUCGGAGAUGAAACCCCUUCCCCUGCAGCCUCCCAGCCACAAAGGCGCGGCCUGGAGCGGGACAGAUCCUAAGUCUAGAGGCCUAUCCUUGUAUGCUGGGGACUCGGACUUGCAAGUGAGGGAGGACAUCCGAAACCGGACCUUGAGGGCCGUGUGCGGACAACCAGGCAUGCCUCGAGACCCCUGGGACUUGCCGGUGGGACAGCGGCGCACCCUGCUGCGCCACAUCCUCGUAAGUGACCGCUACCGCUUCCUCUACUGCUACGUCCCCAAAGUGGCCUGCUCUAACUGGAAACGCGUGCUGAAGGUGCUGGCGGGUGUCCUAAACAAUGUGGAUGUCCGCCUCAAGAUGGACCACCGCAGUGACUUGGUGUUUCUGGCAGACCUGCGGCCUGAGGAGAUUCGCUACCGUCUGCAGCACUACUUCAAGUUCCUGUUUGUGCGAGACCCCUUGGAACGCCUCCUGUCUGCUUACCGCAACAAGUUUGGAGAGAUCCGAGAGUACCAGCAGCGCUAUGGGGCCGAAAUUGUCAGGCGCUACAGGGCUGGAGCUGGCCCCAGUCCUGCAGGAGACGAUGUCACCUUCCCAGAGUUUCUGAGAUAUCUGGUGGAUGAGGAUCCUGAACAUAUGAAUGAGCAUUGGAUGCCUGUGUACCACCUGUGCCAACCAUGUGCUGUGCACUACGACUUCGUGGGUUCCUAUGAGAGGCUGGAGGCCGAUGCCAACCAGGUGUUGGAGUGGGUACAGGCCCCACCCCAUGUCCGGUUCCCAGCUCGCCAGGCCUGGUACCGGCCAGCCAGCCCAGAAAGUCUGCAUUACCACCUGUGCAAUGCCCCACGAGCCCUGCUUCAAGAUGUGCUACCUAAGUAUAUCCUGGACUUCUCCCUCUUUGCUUACCCACUGCCCAAUGUCACCAAGGAAGCCUGUCACCAGUGACAGUGGGCCAGCACCUUUUGGAGUUUGGAUUUAAUGACACCAGCUUUGAAGAAUCUUUCAGAGAAACUCCUAGGUCUGGGGCUUCCUGAUUUCUCUAGGUAUAUCCAUAUCUCAGUGGUAGGGACUGUCCUCGGAAGUCCUUGUCCACAGUGACUCAGAUCUAGAAAGGAGGCCUGCUGCUUUCACUGGUGAACUGACUCCCUUAGGGGCCUGUGGCAUCCUUGUCUGCAGAGCACCAGUGGUUAUUAAAGCCAUAUGUUUGAUCUAAAGACUGACUCCAAGCCCCUGGCUGCUGGGUCUAUGCAGUCCACCUGGUCCGUUGUAAUUUAACCUGUGGCCAAAUCCCAAAUAUGGCACUAGCCAGGCACUUGAUCAUGCCCAGGACCAAUGGCUCUGACCCCCAUUCAUCCACUCCAUGGACCUCAGAACUGGAGUGAGCUGUGGUGCUUAGAAAUGAAAUCUGUGCCUUUCUACUCCAAACUUUAAAUUUCCUCCUCUUGCUAGGUCUGAAUCAUUUUUCUAAGGAAAGAGAAACUAAAGUAGGGCCUUACCUUGAAGCUCUAAGCCUGGCCCCUCAAGCAUCCAAAGACCCCUAUGCCUGACCUCUUCCUAGGGCUCCUAGGGCUCCUGGAGCAUCUUCAAUAAGCCUCCCUUCCCUACAAACUGUUUGAGACUGUGUGAGACUGUGUGUGGCCUGUGUAUUUGACUGUUGUCACUUGUCUAAUGCAUUUAUUUUAAAUGUGUAUAUUUUGAUAGAAUCCUUGUUAAGGGCUGACUUUUAAUAAAGCUUUUUUGUUUUGUUUU